CGGCGACAACGACAACGACCACAGCAGCGAUAAGGGGCUCAUAGAGCAGCAGGAGCGGCAGCGCUGGUAGAGACAGACGAAUCGAGAUGUCUGCGCAGCUGCCCUAUGCACCGUACCAGAGCCAUCGGAGGGCCCCGUCGUCUGCGUCGGUAAACUCCGGGGAUGUUUCAGGCGCAACGACGCCUCAGCCUAUGGCAAACACGCCCUCGACGGCGAUGCCAAUGGCGUCCUCCAAUGGCUCUCAUUGGACCCAGCAACAGCAACAGCAGCAACACAGACAGCUGCCACCUACGAAAGGUGGAGCUGGGUCUGGAAUACCCUCUGAUGCCCCGCCGCCGCUACGCACAAUCUCCUCGCUCCGAGCAAAGGACAAGGGCAAGGCGGACCCUGACAGGACAGCUGGCUCAUCCACUGCUCGCAGGGCUGUCUCGUCAACAUUGGCAGUCCCCAGCGCGUCUUCCCCGUCAGCGUCCACCUCGUCUUCCGCAGCCUCCACGGCACCACUUGCCGAAUCCUCGACUUCACCAACCCCCUCGAGCUCCUCGCUGCUCUCCCCCCACCCGCAGCGAGCUACAGGGCCGUCACAGAGACCAAACGGCCAGGGCCACCAUGCCAAAAGGCACUCAUACUCUCCAUCGCCCACGCGCGCCAGUCACCCAACGGGAUCGCACUCACGAUCCGCCUCGACUGCGUCUGGUGGCAGCCUCCUCCUUGCCCCUCACCUCCCUCAGCACGUUUCUACUGCCCAACGGCUCCGCGACGGCUCUAGCCUCUCGGUCCAGAUGGGUGGCAGAGACACACCCACAAGUGCCAGCUCGGCGUCAUCGUCGCCUUCCGGCACACCCCUUACCUUCUCACCCAACAUGGGCGCCGGUGUCAAUGGUGGACACUUGCCUGUCCCUUCGCACCUCGCAGCAUUACCCCCGACGCUGACCCAGGGAGGAGUUGGUGGUGGUGGGCUACCAAAUGGAAUGAUCGGGAGAGGCACGGCGUAUCGGCCUGGCUUUCAGCCAAAGGGCGUCUAUAGGGUCCGCACGGACGACUUUGCAGUUGCAAAGGCUCGCUCGAGAGAAGGUAGUGCUACUCGCAACAGGCAAGAUGGAGGAGGGGCCGACGCAGAAGAGGAGCCAAAGGGGGCCAGAUCUGAGAUGGAGGCACAGAGGUUGGAGAGGAGGCUCGAGAAGCUCCUCUUACUCCACAGCGACGCGGGCCUGGCUAGGCUGAUGGGCGCCGCCUCGUUGGCGGUCGACUCCUCGUCUUCCAUCUCAUGGCUGCCUGAGACGAUCAAGCGACAGCGAAGGCUCGCCGAAGAGGAAAAGAGAAUGCGAGAGGAGGAGAUGCGAAUCGUAAAGUGGGAGGACGAUGCGAGCCGCAAGAGCUGCGCAGUCUGUCACACCCCAUUCAGCCUGACGGUCCGGAAACAUCAUUGUCGGCUCUGUGGCCAGGUUGUAUGCGCUUCACCUCAGCUUUCGGUGCCACCCUCGCCCUUUUCAUCGGAAGAAAAGGAGCAGCAGCUCGAUGCGGCCCAUCUGGCAGAGCUCAAAUGCAGUGGACUCGUCGUGGGUGAUGGCAAGGGCGGCAGCAAGAUCAGGGACCUCCCGCCUCGCUGGGACGAUAAGCCGCUGUUGGACGUUUUUGUCACGCCACCGGGGGGCGGUUCAGCCAGUCCGGCUCCUUCUUCGCCGUCGAACUUGAGAAAGAGAGAAGAAAGCGAGACGCUCAAGAGAAGAGGGAUACGCAUCUGCAAAGACUGCCGCUCGACGAUCAUGCAUCGACAAUACAUGCUCGACGAUGGCUCGCUUCCCAUGUAUCUGAGACUGUACGAAGACCUCGUCUCGCUACAGAAGGACAUUGAGCAGUCGCUGCCUGAGUUCCAGGAGAUGGUCCUCGGGCUCCAAAGGCAGGACGCAGCAGCGGCGCUGGGCACCAACGGAGCAGACGAGCAAUCGACAACGGAUAAUUCCAGCAAUGGGGCAAGCACGACGACGACGACAACGGGCAAAGCGAGGCAAAGGACAGCACUGGCUCUGCAGAGAGACGCAGCCCAAGCAAGGAAGCAGCUUCUUGCCAAUUUCGCCAAUUACGAUGCGCUUGCCAAAAGGAUCAGGGCUCUGCCUGUCGUUUCACCGCCAGGUGCAACGCCAGCCGGGACUGGAGCACCGUCGGCACAGAAGAGGGUGCAGGAGGCCAUCUGGACGCGGGCCAAUCUGUUCCUGCAGCAGAAUAUGUUUCCGCUCCAGAGCCUUCCUAAGCUUGGCGCAAAGGGCAGCAGCACUAACGCGCAGGCAGGGUCAAAGCAAAGCGCUGUGUCCUCAACCUCUUCUUCGCCCAAGAUGGUCAACGGAUCGGCCGGUGGGCCAGACGAAGAGACGCUGCGUCGUGUGCAGCAAGACCCUGAGGGCGCAAAGGAGCAGCUCAUCGUUCUCGAACAGCAGCUGGCCCUCGUCAGGCAGUAUGCGGCAAGCGCGCAGAAGUCGAGGAAGUUCCAGGACGCAAAAACACUCAAGGCCAGUGUCGAGGAUUUGCAAGAGGAAAUCAGACGAUUGAGGGGGGCCGGUGUCAGCGUCUGAAUCGCGCGAUACUCUAUCCCUGCCUGUACUUUCACUGCCAUCAUGCAAUAUCCUACUCGCGCACAGUCACGCUUUCUGACUCUCU